UAUAACAACUACAGUUCCAGUCGAAAAUUCUUUGUGGAUAAGACAAAGAUUUGGACCAUCUUCCUACCGCAUCUUCUUUAUAAAAUCCUCUGCUCUGCGUUGCAUUGUGAUCUCCAAAUCAGUCCCUCAGAGGUAGAAAUGGUCCUGACAAUAGACAUCCUUUCGAAGGAGAGGAUUAAGCCAUCCUGUCCGACUCCAGAUCACCUGAAAAGAUUCAACCUUUGCCUGCUCGAUCAGCUCAUUCCAGCUGACUUUGCUCCAAUUAUCAUCUUCUAUCCCCCCAACAAUGGCGAUUCCAUUACCUCGUCGGAGGUUCAAGGAAGACUGGAUAUCCUCAGGAGCUCGCUGUCGGAAGUCCUGAAACAGUUCUAUCCACUCGCAGGCACGAUCAGGGACGAUGUAUUCGUCGAUUGUGACGAUCAAGGAGCUUAUUUAACAACUGCUAAGGUUGGAUGUUCCCUGAGUGAAUUUCUUACAAGCCCUGAUCUUAAAACCCUGUCUCGAUUCCUUCCCUGUGGUCUGAACACCGACGAAACUUGUGUGACUAAUGUGCAAGCAAGUGUGUUUUCCUGCGGCGGGAUUGCCGUCGGGAUUUGUAUAUCCCACCGGAUUCUCGACGGCGCUGCUUUAGGCCUGUUUUUAAAAUCUUGGGCCGACACUGCAAUUUCAGACAAAGAGAAGACUGUAUUAACGUCCCCUGAUCUCUUAUCAGCUUCUUCCCUUUUCCCUGCGCACGCCACGUGGCUGAAAGAAGCUUCGAAGGCUAUGUGGAGCUGUUUGUUCAAGAAAGCCCAGUUCGUGACGAAAAGAUUCGUGUUCGAUGGUGCUGCAAUUGCCACUCUCAAAGGUAGAAUUGGAUUUGGGCCUACAAGCGUGGAGAUUGUGUCGGGAUUCAUAUGGAAACAUGCGACGAUGAGUGGAUGCAAGAAAUCAUCACUUAUUACACAUCUGGUGAACCUCCGGAAACGGGCAGCCCCGAAUUUCUCCGGGCAGUCUCUGGGGAACCUUGUCUGGAUAGCAAGUGCGAAACUUGGAGCUGAAAAGAGCAGUCUUGAACUGUUUGGAGUGGUCGAUGAAGUGAGGAAAUGCUUGUCGAGAAUCGACGGGGAAUAUGUAGAGAGCCUGCGGGGUGAUGGUGGGAGUCACGUUAUGCAGAGGGAUCUUACAGAGAUCGGAAAGUAUGGCGGCGGGGGGGAUGUAGAUCACAUUGGGUUCAGCAGCUGGUGCAAGUUGGGAUUCUACGAUGUUGAUUUUGGGUGGGGGAAGCCUGUUUGGGUCAGCAGCAUUGAUUCCAGUGGGCCGUUGUUUAUGAAUCUUGUUGUCCUGAUGGAGACCAGAUUUGGCGAUGGAAUUGAAGCCUGGAUAACAAUGGAUGAACAGCAACUGUCUGUGUUGGAACACAAUCAAGAAUUCAGAAGCUUUGCUGCGUUGAAUCCGAGCCCUUUACUGUAAUUCAUUUCAUAAUUUGAUGGUCCAAGAAAGAAGUGUGUUUUGUAAUUGUUAUUGCAAUAUGGAAUAUGUCC